AUGUCGGACGACAACGGUUACGAGACCGACUACGAAGACUCACCGAGGUCGUCUUCCUCUGAAGGUUCUUACCAUGACGAUCCCAUCGUCGUCGCCGACCGGCCGCAGCCUGGCUAUCGGGAUGAAGAGGCGAUGACGAUGGUUCCCCAACAUGAAGUGCCGCAGCCAGCUCCAUUUGUUCCGAAACCGAUAGUCUUCCGCCUCUACGUCUCGCACUUCUUGUCAACGUGGAACUCGAGACUCUUCGAAUUCGGCGCUGUUCUCUUCCUAGCAUCCAUUUACCCCGGCACGCUAAUGCCCAUGUCCAUCUACGCUUUGGUCCGGGGUGCCGUCGCCGUCGUCUUGUCGCCUUCAAUCGGGUCGUGGAUUGACCAGGGAAAUCGACUCUCUGUCGUACGCAUCUCCAUCGUCGGUCAGAGACUUGCCGUAGCAGCUUCAUGUGGUAUCUUUCUGGUGUUGGAUCGGUUCCGCGACAUGCAAAGCGACCUGCAGAAGAGCUUGUUCGCCAUGAUUGUCGGCCUGGCUUGUGUGGAAAAACUGUGCUCGGUGAUGAACUUGGUCUCUGUUGAACGCGACUGGAUUGUGGUCAUUACCAAAGGCAAUGAAAAGGCACGACAGGAGUUGAAUGCUCGCAUCCGACGUAUCGAUUUGUUCUGUAAAUUACUUGGUCCUCUUGCUAUUUCCCUCAUCGAUGGUGCAUCUACCACCAUAGCCAUCUGGGUGACGCUGUCAAUGACGCUGCUUUCUGUCGUGACUGAAUAUCUCUGCAUCGCCCGGGUGUAUCAGCUUGUGCCGGCUCUGGCUCAACUGCGAUCUCGUCCCCAAGAGCCUGAGGCUUCUACCUCGGAUUCAACAGCCGGUGACAUAUCACGCAUGCGAAUGGCAGUCACCUGGCUCAAAACAAAGACCAAAAAGGUCUUCCCCGUCUCGGCAAUCCCCUUCUACUUUUCUCACCCCGCGCUGCGGCCGUCGCUAUCUCUGGCACUCCUGUAUUUCACAGUGUUGUCUUUCUCGGGACAGAUGGUCACCUUUCUGCUCUCCGUCGGCUACAACUCCUUCCACAUCGGCAUUGCCCGCACAAUCAGCACAGUCUUCGAGCUCAGCGCCACUUGGGCAGCCCCGAAGCUGAUGGACAAAAUCGGUCCUAUCCGGGCCGGCAUCUGGAGUCUCUCUUGGCAGAUGAUCUGGCUGGCCGCCGGGGUCAGUUGGUUUUUUGCGGACAAGUCUCAGAAUAGAACAAGCAGCAUCGAGGCCAUUAGCGGGCUUGUCGGCGGUGUUAUUCUGAGCAGGGUCGGCCUCUGGGGCUACGACCUGUCUGCCCAAACAAUCAUCCAAGGCGACAUCGAUGAAGAACACCGUGGAGCCUUCUCCACUGUUGAGGCUUCUAUGCAGAGCAUAUUUGAACUCUUGUCGUACGCCUCAACUGUCGUCUUCUCGCGCCCCGACCAGUUUCAAUGGCCGAUCGUCAUGAGCGUCGGCGCAAUCUACGCUGCCGGUGGCCUCUAUGCUUCGUACGACUUUAACUACAGCGAAGAUGCCGCAAUACUUAAAAAGAAGGCAGACGAUGGCCAGUUUCACGGCAUGCCAGCCACAAGGCAGACUCGUUGGAAAAUUCUCGGCAAAGUGCUUUCACGCUGGGCCAUCACCAUGGUCAUCAUCGUGUCGAUAUAUACUGUCAUCUCUGUCUAUUCGAGCAAGCCUGUCAUGAAUCAAACAACGAAAAGACAGUACAAUGCGCUCAUCACAGGUCUCUCCAUCGCGCUGGGUCUUGCUGUUGCCAGCAGUUUGAACCAUAUGGUGGCAGAGUUGAGAUGGUGGAUCCUAAGCCGGCGGUACAGGUCGAAGCGCAAGGUCGAGUUGAUUCUGGCUGCAGACAACUUGAAGCAUACCAUCAUGCUGGCAGUGCGAUCGAAGCGCUGGACCAUCCACCUUGCCGCCGUUGGCUGGUUCAUUCUGUCGAUUGGCUCUCAAGUAGGCCUUGCUGCCAUUGGUCUAUGCUAUUCCACAGAGACCGCCGACAAACGAGCCCUGCUGGUACCCGGAAAUGUAACAAUACCAAACCUGGCCAAUAUCGAGACCGACAAAGUUGUCAAAUCGAACUCGAAAACACUCGGAGCCGAGCAAUACACAGCAAACAGCUACGGUACCAUGUCGCUGGCGUUCCUCACAGCACCAGUGGAGGAGGCGCCAUCAGCACGGGCAAUCUAUGUCCCGAGCGAUCCCCUCAUGUUCUGCGGUGAUACCUAUUGCAAGUAUGUCUUUCACGAAACCUCAACGGCAUCUAUCAAAGACGUGAACGCAAACCCUGUUACCGUCGCGACGAACCGUAGCAUCAACUCAACAGCCACGUGCGUAGCCUGGCCAGUAACCAGCGGAGGAAAUGGCACGACCUCAAACAUUACUGUCUCCCUCCCUAACGGCGACAAAAAUGAAGUGUUCAUUCCCGUCCGCGGCGGCACCGAGCAGUCAACUUUCAUGACGAACAGCAGUGUGAGUUGCGGCGUCGGAUGCAGCAUUGUUUCCGCCUUUGAAGCUUCAAGCAGUUCACCCUGGUAUUACAGCUGUAACGUUACCGUCGGCAAGGUCGCCAAUGCGACGCUUCCCGAGCACGAGGUCGGCGUGAACCUGACCAGCCUAGCCGCCGCAGGUAUUGCACUCCAGGGUUUCGCUGCCUCCUCGCUGGUCAACGACACCAACUUCCAAUACCAAAUGUACCCCGCCGAAUCUGUCUUUGGCACGCCGAUGAAUGGAAGUACGGAUAUAAUGCAGGCACUCCUUGCUCGAUUUGCUAUCGGCGUAGUGGCCAUUGCUGCCGAGAACAACGGCGAUCUGACGGUAGAUGGAAACAUGCCCAUGAAGGGCACCCAGCUUACCGUAUCGCACUGGAACUUCGUGCACAUGAUUCUGAUCCUCACAGCUACACUGCAGCUAGCUCUGGGCAUCGCCGCGGCCCUGGUGGCAAACAGGGUUGUGGUGCCUGAUGGCGGAGCCGUUGAGAUGGCUCUGGUCAUGAGGAGUAUGGCGAUUCGGGAGCGAAUGGGGCAUGGUGAUGGUGCUGAAGGAGUUAAGUCCAAUACACUGUGGAUUUACCGGGACACAUUGGUUUCGGCAGAAAGCGGGGUCUAUGACUUGCAUAUGGAGGAGCAGAGGCUUCAUGAGAGGAAUGAUUCGGGGAUGAUUGAGAUGAACACAAGGUAUGAGGGUGGCCGAGAUUCGACAACGACGAAGUAA